AUUUUGGGGACGACGAAAGUUAGCCUGUUUGACGCGACGACAAAAGUGAAAGUAAGGUGAAACUCCGGCUGCGUACCUGAGAUUUUUUUUUACUCUCCUGAAAUGGGUCGUUGUUUCUUCCUGGUCUGUUUUAUCCUGUGCGACUGUCGAGUUUGUGGACAGAUUCUAACAUACGGCCUUCAGGGGAAGACAAUCGAUCUGAAUCCAGGCUACACUGCAACACCUGAUGAUAUCCUGUGGAAACAUAAUGGCAACAAAGUGGUAGAGUUUAAUGGCAACGAGCAACACGUGUACGGCCAAUUUCGAAACAGGGUCACUCUCGGAUGGAUCUCUGCAGAACUACAAAUCUCAGACCUCCGAUAUGAAGACAGUGGAACAUAUGAAGUGGAAAUAUACAAGAACAACAAGCUUCAUCGUUAUCCUUAUGUAUUAGAGGUCAUAGGCAAGGUGAACAAGCCCACCAUAUCCUGUGACAUGAAUGAUGGCAGCUCUGAUGGCACUCGUGCGACACUGAUGUGCUCUGCAAAGCCCACACACCCUCAGUCCUUAGUGAAAUUUGAGUGGGUCCCACCUGGAACGGUGCAGCUUGGCUCAAACUUAACAAUAUCACUAGGGGGAGAACUUGAUGAUAAAACAUACACUUGUAGGGUGAGCAACCCUCUGACCAAUGAAACAGAUACAUUCACUGCAAAGGAUUGCUACCCUGAAAAAGGUGCAUUUAUAGUGCUGGCUGUCAUCCUACCCAUCGUCAUCCUUGUCCUUUUGCUUUUUGGCUUGGUGUUCUGCAAACUAAAAAAUAAAGCGUGUUUUGCAGAAAGAAACAGAGAUGUGGAAAAACAGUUGCGACCUGCUACAGAAGAUAAAGAGACAGCUCAGGAUGAAGUACACAGGGCUCUUCUUGACAGAGCACCCACACUCCCCUCUCAGCAGCGACUAGGCCACCUGCCCCAAAGCCAUGGGAGUAUCAAUCACAAAGUGGACAAAGGAGAAGGCCAUGACAUGGAGGGACAAGAUGAGAGGCCACAAAAAGGGAAUGUCCAAAAAAUUCGGAAGCAUUUUGAGGAUUCAUUAUCCCCUCCAAUGAAAGAGACAGAUAAGAAGACAGCUCAAGCUGAGGAAUGUAGGCGUCUUAUUGACAGAGCAAGCAGGCUCCCCUCUCAUCGGCAGCUUGGCCAUCAGCUCCAGAGCAACGGGGCUAUGAAUCAGAGAGAGGACAGAGCCUCAGACUUGGAUGAAAGUGAAAAACCACUGAAGGCAAACAAGGACAAGAAAGCUGUGCUUCCUCCUUCCUUGCUGGGUACAAAGCCAUCUUUUUGUCAGGACAGUCUUCCCAGCAAUGACAAAGGAGAUCCAGAUGCAGAUCAGCUCAGAGAACCUUCAGAGAACAACGUCCCUGAGUCUGAUUGUUCACUUUCUGAGAAGGCAAAUGAACCAGAUCCACCUGAUGUGUCAGACACGCAGUCUGAUGAGGAACCAGCUGCUGCACCUGAACAGCCAGAAUCAGAUAGAGAGGCAGAUGAGAAUGAGGAAGAAAAGUCUCCUGCUGCAAAUGUCAUUUCUCCACCUACUCCUAAGCCACGUUCAUGGUUGCCCUCAAAAUCUGCAGAUAAAGCAGAAGACACUGCUGGUGAACAUGAGGAAGAUGCCAACUCAGAUCAGGUUCAUGAAGAAACUGACUUACCAGGCUCAGAGAAGAGAAAUGGAUCAGAUGACUCCAGCGGGGAGAAAGAGUCACCCACCGUUCCUGAACAGAACAGUUCAGAAAUGGCUUUACAUGAGCAAGAGUCAAGCUUUUCACAGGAAGAAACACAUGCAACAAAAGAUGAACAGCCAGAAAAGGAUGAAACAGCCUCUGAGGAUAAAAGUAAACCUGAAGGAAUAAAAAAAGCAGAUUCAGAAAUAGAAGAACCAGAUACAGAGCAGUCCUUACAGAUUCGCUCCGCAGCCUCAGAGCCCCACACAAACAAAACCAGACGACACUAAAACCAAUAUCUCUCAAGAGCCUCUAAACACUCCCUGUGCUGAUUCAAAGUAAGAGCCAGAAAACAAGACCAGGCAUGACGCACAUGAGUCUGAGGGGCAGUCAGAGAGCAGCACAGCAGAGGCAGAUCAAGGUGAGGGUGAAAGUAAAACAGCUGAGAAAAAUGAAGACCAGCGUGACUCACAAGAAGAAAACUAAGGCAAUGAGAACCCGAGUGAGGACAAAGAAGGACAAAAUAAAGCCUGAACUUGCUGAAUAGGCUUUCAUACGACUUGACAGUCUGAUAAGAGAAAAAGAAAAAAGAAAGCAGAAUGUGAAAGUGAAAAUGUAAAUACAACAUAUCAGAACGAAGAA